AUGGUUAGAUUCUUUCAAAAAGACAACUAUGCAUUUACAAAGAUAUUCAAUACUUCCUUCGAGGUUGAAAUCCGACAGAGUGGCUAUAAGGCUGAUAUUCCGUGGAAUACGCUCAACAGCCAGGUCGAGACCAUGAAACGCAAUGGUGACUAUCUAUGGGGAGCUGUCUAUUUGUCACCUUUUACAAAAGAUAGAGGACCCUGGUAUCCUGUUCUCAGGAGAAUCCAACAGAUUGCUCAGCGUUUAAACAUCCAGCUUAUUGAGAAAGACACGGACGACACUGGUACCUCGAAUUACAAAGCUCGGCCAUCUAAGAACUCGGAACUUGAGCAUACUGCAGUGACUGAAGCUGCAAGAAAACCUCAAUUUCAACCUGACCAGCAGCCGGCACAUACCCCCGAGAUCUAUCCGACAGACAAAACCAAUAGGACUGAUGAAAACCACAAAGCCCAAGCCCCAGUACUUGUUACAGCAGGCGAAAAGAUAUGUCUGUUCUGCUUCGAAGAGGGGAAUGUGCACCCAGAUCUACAAAUCUCAGACGAACUGCCACCUUUACUGUAUCGGUGGUCGAACGUCGACUCCCAAGGGGUCAAUUCGAGAAGAUUUUAUCAGGCUGGGCUCUUUGCCGAAGGUACUGAGUAUCUUCAUCCCCAUGAACUCCCACAAGGUGAAUUCCAUAGGUUCGUAGAGAACCAUGUCAGAAUCUCAAAGUCCCUCUCCCCGUUUAUCUCAACAUCUAGGACGAUAUUGGCGCCAAUGCAUCGGGCUUUGCGAAACGGAGAGGGUGCUAUCGUCUCAAUUAUUGACCAAAAAAAGCUGAAUACACCGAUAUACUGUGCUCAAACCUUGGUAAAAACAUUGAAACUUAAGUUCAAAUUCUACAACGGGGCCGCGGAAUAUCUUGUUUGGGGUAGUAUCCCUAAGUCAGCAAUCGUUUGCUCGUUUAAAGCGAGUUCUUUGUUAAAGAUUUCCCGUGAGAACCCUGAAAUUGAGGACUUUUUGCAGUUUGAAAAUAUGUUGUCAUUUUCAAGAACAGGCCUAGCGCUACAUCAAAUUUUAGGAAGCGGCCCUGGGUCCUUGGAUUAUCAAACCGGGGCAACAAUUGGGCGACUUCUUUUUAAAUUAGAGGUCCCCUAUGAAUAUUGCAAGAACGUUAGCCAGGGCAUGUUUUAUUCGUGGUGGAUGAAGAGAAGAGGAACCUGGGAAGACUUCCACAGGGGUGUGGAAGAUGGUUAUUACCUGCUUCCAGCGACCAACACUGCAGAUAAAGAAAUGCUCGACGUGCCUGAUAUACCUGAUGUCUCUGAACUUGCUGGUCCUGGGUUCCCUGAAAGCAUCCAUCAGUCGGACGAAGAAACCGUUACAAACGACGACCCUCGAACACCGAUCGAUCUUUUCUCAGCCGCUGAUUCUCCGCCACCUAGCCCCGGUUCUCAGUCACCUAGCCCUGGCCCAGCAGUCGUUAAACUAUUCGAUGGAGCUACCAAGCAAUGGAUAGCUCAGCAAGGAAAAAGAAAUAACAAAGAUCGUUUCCCCUCCGAACUUUCCGAACAAACAGGUUCAUCUGCCGAGACAGCAAUCAGUAUCGACGAUUCAGACGAUGAGUUUUACAAAGUGUUUAGCUCUCAACCCUCGCGCAUCAAAGACGAGCCGUCUAUUUUCGGCUCAUCGCCCCCUGCUUUGAUCGACCUAGAGGAAAUUGUCCCCAAGCCCAUAGUCACCGUUAAUGAUAUGCGGACCACCGCUCAGGGUGGCAGUGUUCCAAAAAGGCAGAACCCGCACGAUCAAUUCGCCGCUGAUAGAGAACGGGUCUUGCGCUUUUGGGGGUGAUUUGUUCAAUACUUGCACCUUGAAUCCGUUGCGUCUUGGGUUUUGAGAACCACUGGUGUUGUGAAACGCGAAAAGAGAAGGGUCGAAACUUUAUGGAAGAGAAGGAUGGAAAGG